UCUCUCUUCCUCUCCACGUCCAGCCCUGGGCUUUUUCAGACAAGUGCAUCUCCUAACCAGGUCACAUUUCAGCCGCGACCCACUAUCCGUCUGUCACCGGAAUCAGACCGCAGGAGGAAGGCUGAGGAAGACAACGGCAUUUGCUUCGCCAACUGCUGGGUGGGAAGAAGGACAUUAAAAUACUGCAGAAGUCAAGACCCCCUCCCCAGGUCAAACCCAGACCACGAUGCGCGCUCCGGGCUGCGGGCGGCUGGCGCUGCCGCUGCCGCUGCUGCUCCUCGCCGCAGCCGCCCUGGCCGAAGGCAACGCCAAAGGGCUCAAGGAGGGCGAGACCCCCGGCAAUUUCAUGGAGGACGAGCAAUGGCUGUCGUCCAUCUCGCAGUACAGCGGCAAGAUCAAGCACUGGAACCGCUUCCGAGACGAGGUGGAGGAUGACUACAUCAAGAGCUGGGAGGACAAUCAACAAGGAGAUGAAGCCCUGGACACCACCAAGGACCCCUGCCAGAAGGUGAAGUGCAGCCGUCACAAGGUGUGCAUCGCCCAGGGCUACCAGCGGGCCAUGUGCAUCAGCCGCAAGAAGCUAGAGCACAGGAUCAAGCAGCCUGCCCUGAAACUCCAUGGAAACAAAGACACCGUGUGUAAGCCCUGUCACAUGGCCCAGCUCGCCUCGGUCUGCGGCUCUGAUGGCCACACUUACAGCUCGGUGUGUAAGCUGGAGCAGCAGGCGUGCCUGAGCAGCAAGCAGCUGACGGUGAGAUGCGAGGGCCCCUGCCCCUGCCCUACAGAGCAGGCCGCCACCUCCACCGCCGAUGGCAAACCAGAGACGUGCACGGGUCAGGACCUGGCUGACCUGGGGGAUCGGCUGCGGGAUUGGUUCCAGCUCCUUCAUGAGAACUCCAAGCAGAACGGUUCAGCCAGCAGCGGGGCCAGCCCACCCAGUGGGCUGGACAAGAGCCUGGGAGCCAGCUGCAAGGACUCCAUCGGCUGGAUGUUCUCCAAGCUGGACACCAGUGCCGACCUCUUCCUGGACCAGAUGGAACUGGCUGCCAUCAACCUGGACAAGUAUGAGGUCUGCAUCCGCCCCUUCUUCAACUCCUGCGACACCUACAAGGACGGCCGUGUCUCCACCGCUGAGUGGUGCUUCUGCUUCUGGAGGGAGAAGCCUCCCUGCCUGGCGGAGCUGGAGCGCAUCCAGAUCCAGGAAGCGGCCAAGAAGAAGCCAGGAGUCUUCAUCCCAAGCUGCGAUGAGGACGGCUACUACCGGAAGAUGCAGUGUGACCAGAGCAGCGGCGACUGCUGGUGUGUGGACCAGCUGGGCCUGGAGCUGACCGGCACCCGCAUGCACGGGAGCCCCGACUGUGACGACAUCGUGGGCUUCUCAGGGGACUUCGGGAGCGGUGUCGGCUGGGAGGACGAGGAAGAGAAGGAGACGGAGGAAGCAGGCGAGGAGGCGGAGGAGGAGGAGGGCGAGGCAGGCGAGGCGGAUGACGGAGGCUACAUCUGGUAGAGGGCCCGUGGGCACCGUGGCAGGCCAGGGUGCCAACGGCCGGGGGAUGGGCCAGCAGAGACCUGGACAGAAGCAGGCAGCUUACGAAUGGAUUGGGAAAAUACAGUUGGAAGGACCUGGCUCUACCAGAGAGGACUGGAUGUGUGAGUGUGUGUGCGUGUGAGUGUGUGUGUGCGUGGCAUGCACUGACCAACGUGUCCUUGGUCCACACAUUGGCUUCCUUGUAGUUUUCUCUCCAUUUGUUGAUUUUAAAACACAUUCACACUCAUACACACACAGCAAGGUCAAAACUGAUUAAGUGAGAUGCCCCCUGCCAGCCCCGCAGCCCCAUCCAGUCCUGCCCUGACGCCUUGGGAUCCCUUGUCCUGAUUUGCUACCCUCGCCUCAGCCAGCCCUGUCUUCUCUGGCCCCUGCCCUUCUCCCUCCCUCUUCUGGAGUCAAGCUCUGGCCUGUGAAAUGAGUCCCCAUGGCAGAAGGGAGGGAGGGUAGGGGAGCUGUCUGCUGGCUGAUUUGGUUGUGAUGUCCCCCCCCCCCGGGCUCAGACUAAAUGAGCCAGGACACCCACCUUAGAGAGCCCUUUCCCUUUGCUGGACUCUAACUCAAGCCAGUGUGAGCACAGGUGGCUGGGAAGGAGCUGGGGGUGGAAAGUGAGAGUCAGGGCAGGGGAUGGCCUUGCCAAGCUGUUGGGAGAGGAGCGUAGGGCGGUGGGCGGUGAUGGGGAGAAGGGGUCAGCUUGGCAAGGAGAGUCUGCUUUUGUAGAUCCAGGCAGAGCUCUUGGGUGUGGAGUCAGGGCAGCCCUGAACGUCAGACCCUGGAACAGCUCUGGCUCCCAGGUGGGGGCCUGGCCUGGACAGUUCUGUGGAGGCAGCAGGCAGUUGUGAUGCAGGUGAGGUCCGCCUGGCCCUGUGAGGGCCACACCUGCCCCCAUACCCCUUGCUGGGGUCCCCUGGCCCAUUCCAGGAGCCCAGGAUCAGAAAGCAAGGUCUUAGCCAGUAAUGUGUGUGUGUGCACGCACCUCCUCUGCGACCCCUUAAUAAGUGCUCCUUUCCCAUCCAGACCAACCAAAAGCAUCCCUGAGACCCUGUGAAGGAGUGGUGGGGAGCUGCAGCCUUCUGCCCUCGGAGACCAUGACAUUUCCCUACCUCUCCUCCUCAGGACAGGCCAUUUCCAGCCCCACUCCUCCCAGCCCCUGGGCUCUCCCUCUGUCCCCUCUGAGGGUCCCCUAGGGCCACUCUGGCGGAGGGGCUUCUCCAAGUUGAGGUGUUUGGGGUUGUGAAAAGUCAGAGGGAACAGGUCUGAGGCAACCAGAAUCUGAGGCCACACCUCACUGGUCCCCCAAAUCUCCUUACCAGGCAGGAGCCAGGGUGGAUGAGAAGACACCCCAUGGGUUUUUUUUUUUUAAACUCUAUCCAGUUCUCCCUGUUGAAAUCAAAAUUUCUUAGCCUUUGGUAAAGAAUUUCUUACCUGGAUUUGGGCCUCUGAUGACCUUCAUUGUGUGGUGAGCACAGUGCAUGCAUGUGUGUGUGUGUGUGUGUGUAUGUGUGUGUGUGUGUACAUGUGUGUGAGCCUAGGGACCAUCCCUGGGCACCUGGCAUGUGAGGAGGGGCACUCUGUGUGCUGGGUGGUGGCAGGUGUGGGGUCCUGGGCAAGCACCCCAGCCCGGCUCCGUGGCUUCUGCAGAGUCCGCUGCUUCUGUUGGACUUUAUGGAAGAACUUCACCCAUCCACCUCUUGACUCCACCCUGGAAUCAACAUCUUCCAAGUCCUCCCUUGGGGGAAAUAACGAAACUCCAGUUAGCCCCAUGAACCGCUUCUCAUUCUGCAGCACAGUUCUGGUCAUUAAGGUGUCGCAAUGUUCCAGAUCCCCCGCGUCCCGUCUGCCCUCUCCCCACUCCGUCCUCCCACCCCCUCCUCCCUCUGGUCCCCGGCUCAGUUCAGGGAAACACCAACGGUCCACGUCAGCCCUCUGCUCUCUGAGCAGCCUCUCCUCUCAGAGCUACUUGAAACUUCCUGCUCUUGCUAGGAUUGGAGUCUGUCUGUCUCUUCCCUCUGCCCUGGCUCAGACUUCUGGAACUGUCCCCUGGGGCAGCACUGGGGCUGCUGGGGUGUUCUGGGGUGGGGAGGAGUAGAGAAGGAGGCGUGGCCUUCUCCUUUCGCUGCCACCCUCCCCUUCUGGGGUCACAUGUCCCCUCUGUGUCCCUGGGUCUUCUGGUCGUGCACGUUUUUAUGACCUUGUAAAUAUGUUUGUAGAAAGAAAGCAAAAGCGCGAAACUAGACCCCGGUGGGACUCAGGGGUCCAGCCUUGCCCUGUCUCUGAAGCCCCUACGCUGCUUUUCACUCCACUCUCGGGGACUGAGGCCCCCCAAAGCCAGACCAAGUAGCUUGUGCCCAGUGGACUGAAGGCCUCCGAGUGACUUGGCAGACCAACUGCAGGUUUCCUCUUGAGCCAGGUUGCAAGGUGGUCCCUCCUUAGCUCCUCAGACGUGUGCCCCCUGACCAAGCUGCCUGCCACCCAGUCCCUCCCAUGUCCCUGUACUCGGUGUCCUCUCUCUGUCCUGUCCCCACUCCCCUGCUUUAGGCAGGCAGCGGAAUUCAGGCCCUGUGGAAAGAGCUCAACUGAAUUUUCAAAGAAGUUUCUUGCCUGGCCCCGGAGCUGCCCUUGGCUGCCCCAGACGUGCUUGCACGUGGGUCUGGGAGGGACAGGUGCGUCUCAGAUAGGGGAGGUUAGAGUUGGAGCGAACACAUGUGCCUUGGGAGACCACUCAGAAAGGGUUCAGGGGCAAUGAGGGAGGAGGUGUGGGAGCUCAGGAAGGAGGAGGAGGGAGGCCACGCUGAUGAGAGCAUGAGGGGGUGUUGGCCCCCUGGGGCUGUGACCACAUGUGGCCAGUGGUCACACUUCCUUCCUCGCACCAGCCUGCCUGCCCACUCAGCCUCUCAUGAGCUCCAUCUGCUUUCAGCUUCACCUCUGAGUAGGUGGGGAUCCAUUGGGAUCAACAUGGGAACCCUCCAUUUCACCCCAGCCUCACUCUCAGCCCUUGGGGAGAAUGAUGGCUAAUCCACUGACCCCUGGCGUCGUCCUGAGGCUGUGGGCUGGCAAGGGUCAAAGGGAAGAGACACUGGGGUUGCAGAAGGAGACUCGAGACAUCCAAGGAAGUCCCAAGCAGAGCAAAUUGCUUUAUAGCCUGAAGCCUACUUAAACUGUGUUAUGUGCAAUAACUGAGCUUAGAGUUAAGAAUUGUGUUCAAGUGCUUGGAUUUCCGUCUGUAUAUUUAAGUGCUGAAAUCGUAUCUCUCAGUAAUUUUAGAUGUCUUUUAAAAAAAAUCGAAAAACAAAGUGUUAGACCGUGUCUGUGCAUUGAUGGGCACUCUAGCGUCCUGUGGGUCACCCCACCCUCUCUCUCUCCCCUGUGCCCCCCUUCCCCUCACCCCCAACCCCGCCUCCACUUGGGGACCCCGCCUCGUGUUGUCUUUAUCUGCCUAUUAACUCAGCCUAAGGAAACAAGUACACUUCACACAUGCAUAAAGGAAAUCAAAUGUUAUUUUUAAGAAAACGGAAAAUAAAAACUUUAUAAACACCA